AUGAACAUGGCUGAGGGAAAUAUAACACCUGACGUUCUAGAACAUUUAUCUCAAAGAACUACACAGAACCAUAGAGAUGGUAUAUUUGGUGAAGAGUUUAGAAAGAAAGUUAGGGAGAGAGAAGGAAGAGAACCUAUUGUACAUGACCUUGCAAACGAAAGUUUGCAAAAUGUCAUGAAAACUUACUUUGCAGACAAUGAACUGAGAAGGGAUGAAUAUUUAAGAAAACUCAAAUGGACAGUACCAAAUGAAAUGUUAGUAUUGAAAAACAUGUUCCAUGACAAAAUAAAACCAACUACAGAAAUAAAUGAUGCAAGACUGAAACGUUGGGUAAAAGCUUUCCCAUUCACAAAAGAUAUUAUUGGUUACAUGGAAAGAAAACCAGAAUGGCUACAAAAACAUAUAUUUGGAAACGAGCUUAUUCCAUAUGGACAAGCUCUGUUUGAAGAGCUUGAACCGGAAACUCAGGAAAGAGUCAUGCAAACAAUAAGCGAAGACUCAAAUACAAACUAUGACAAAAUCUUUCUAGGAUAUAGGUUACCUGAGAUGGGCGACCAGAGCCCAAAGGCAAAAAGGUCAUGGGAAAUUUACAACAUACUAGGUGAACAUGAGGCAAAGAUGCUACAACUUGAAGCAGAGGGCAAGUUACCAAAAGCGACACCAAAGAAGAAGAGAAGAGUAGAACAAUGUGAAAGUAGUGAAGAAGUAACUUCAUCUAGUGAAAGUAGUGGCAAUGAAGGAAAAAGAAGAGUUAAAAACUCAGUCAGGAAGAAAGUAAAGCUUGGUCCGAAACAAUUAUGA